AGAGCCUGGACUCUGCUCUUCUGGGUACCCACUGCUGUCAGAGAGGCAGGAAAGAACCUAAGGUCCAGGGCCAUCACCACUAGCUUUGCCUGUGUGUGGAUCUUGGGGGCUCAUGGCUACCAGGAUUGACUUCAAGGCCUGAAAUCCCUGGGGAUGCCACCCAGUCCCACAAGUCUACAUUCCCCUGCAGCUGAGCUGGGAGAUGGGCUCAGCUCCUGAACUUGCCCCAGACAGAAAGCAUAAUACACACUUGCCAGGGAGAGCCUGCCUGAUUCUGGGCUACUCGGAGUGCAGGUGGAAGGUAGCCAAACCUGGGAGAUGCAGAGUACAGCUAAUUACCUAUGGCACACGGAUGACCUGCUAGGGCAGGGGGCCACUGCCAGUGUGUACAAGGCCCGAAACAAGAAAUCUGGGGAGGUGGUUGCUGUAAAGGUCUUCAACUCAGCCAGCUACCGGCGGCCCCCCGAGGUGCAAGUGAGGGAGUUUGAGGUGCUGCGGAAGCUCGACCACCAGAAUGUUGUCAAGCUCUUCGCUGUGGAGGAAACGGGAGGCAGCCAGCAGAAGGUGAUCGUGAUGGAGUACUGCCCCAGCGGGAGCCUACUGAGUGUCCUGGAAGACCCUGAGAACACAUUUGGGCUUCCCGAGGAGGAGUUCCUGGUGGUCCUGCGCUGUGUGGUGGCUGGCAUGAACCACUUGCGGGAGAAUGGCAUCGUCCACCGUGACAUCAAACCUGGGAACAUCAUGCGCCUGGUGGGGGAGGAGGGGCAGAGCAUCUACAAGCUGUCCGACUUCGGGGCUGCUCGGAAGCUGGACGAUGAGGAGAGCUUUGUUUCUGUCUACGGUACGGAGGAAUACCUGCACCCUGACAUGUAUGAGCGGGCCGUGCUUCGUAAACCCCAGCAAAAGGCGUUCGGGGUGACUGUGGAUCUCUGGAGUAUUGGGGUGACCCUGUACCAUGCAGCCACCGGUAGUCUGCCCUUCCUCCCCUUUGGUGGGCCCCGGCGCAACAAGGAGAUCAUGUACAGAAUCACAACAGAGAAGCCAGUCGGGGCCAUUUCAGGGACUCAGAGGCAAGAGAAUGGGCCCCUAGAGUGGAGCUAUAGCCUUCCCAUCACCUGCAGACUGUCCAUGGGGCUGCAGAGUCAGCUGGUGCCUAUCCUGGCCAACAUCCUGGAGGCAGAGCAGGCCAAAUGCUGGGGCUUUGACCAGUUCUUUGCGGAGACCAGUGACAUCCUGCAGCGAAUCAUCAUCCACGUCUUCUCCCUGCCCCAGGCGGUCUUGCAUCAUGUUUACAUUCAUGCCCACAACACGAUUGCCAUCUUUUUGGAGGCUGUUUAUGAGCAGACCAACGUGCCUCCCAAACACCAGGAGUACCUCUUUGAGGGUCACCCUUGUGUCCUUGAUCCAAGCAUCUCAGCCCAGCACAUCGCCCCCACAGCUGCCAGCAGCCCCCUGAUUCUCUUCAGCUUGGCCAACGAUGAACCCAAGGGGCUGGCCUUCAGGGACCCUGCUCUGGACAUCCCAAAGUUCGUCCCCAAGGUCGACCUACAGGCAGAUUACAACACAGCGAAGGGGGUGCUGGGUGCUGGUUACCAGGCCCUGUGGCUGGCGCGGGUCCUGCUGGAUGGACAGGCGUGGAUGCUUCGAGGGUCCCACUGGGUCCUGGAGGUGCUUCAGAACACGUGCCGGCAGACACUGGAGGUCACACGAACAGCCCUUCUCUUCCUCAGCAGCAGCCUGGGCAUUGAAAGGACUUGGAACGAUUUGGCACACUCAUUCUGCACCGAGCCCCAGAGAGAAUCCAGAGGAAGGGCGGUUUCCAGGCUCAGCAGGGGAGUUGGGAUGUCAGAGUUCCAGGAACUAAAGGAGGCCACAGAGCUGUGGUCCAGGCUGCAGACUUUCUCAGAGGUCCUCUCGAGAUGUUCCCACAACGUCACAGAAACCCAAGUGAGCCUGAGCAGCCUGGGAAAAGAGAUUUUGAAGAACCGGAAUCAGAUCCACGAUGACAGCAGGAGCAUCCAGAAGAUUCAGUGUUGUUUGGACAAGAUGCGCUUUAUCUACAAACAGUUCAAGAAAUCUAGGAUGAGGCCAGGACUCGGCUACAACGAGGAGCAGAUCCACAAGCUGGAUAAGGUGAAUUUUAGCCACUUAGCCAAGAGGCUGCUGCAGGUGUUCCAGGAGGAAUGUGUACAGAAGUAUCAGAUGUCGCUGGUCACACACGCCAAGCGGAUAAGGCAGGUGCAGAAGACCCAGAACCACCUUCACCUCCUUGGCCGCUCUGUGGCUGCCUGUAACACAGAAGCCCGGGAAGCCCAAGAGAACCUGAGCAAGAUCUUUGAUCGGCUCCUUCUGGACAGAGCAUCAGGAGCUGAGAUCUCACCACACCCCACGGCUCCUCAUCCCAGCCCUGAUCCAAAGGACCUGGUCUUCCACAUGCAGGAGCUUUGUAAUGAUAUGAAGCUGUUGGCCUUUGAUCUCCAGGACAACAACCGUCUCAUUGAACGGUUACAUAGAGUUCCAUCCGCACCCGAUGUCUGAGCUUUCUGGGGUGCACAAGACACUUGGAAGCAUUAGCGUCAUUCAUACAUUUUGGUCUCACCUCACCAGCCUACCUCCCUCUUGGCCACUGGCCAACAAACUAGCAUUACUUUGACAGCCUGUCCUCGCGGACAGCUGGGACAGGGUCUCCUAGCUAUCCUGGACAGUACCCAUCAGAGAGCAUGCAGCCACUGUUGAUUCAUCCUGGCACCAAGACUCUUCCUCCUCACCGGGACCUGGAGGGCUGAACUUAGGAGGGCCUUGGGAAGAGAAGGCUGAAUGACCCCACCACUUUGCACUUCCCAGGGACCAGCGGGCUCUCGGGGCUUCUCCAGGGUGCUGGAGCAGAGGACUUCGCCUUGCACACAGCCUGCCAUUUCCUGAGUGCCCCCAUCCCUGGCCACAGGCAACUCACAAACUGCCCCUUUGUGCUUUGUCUGGAUGAACCUGCAUUUCAGAAGGGGGGUUGUUGAAGCCAACUGCUGGUACUUUGAGGAGCUUCCUUUUGCCUUCCCUCCCUGAGGCACCCUGUGGUUCUGAGAAACAGCUGGUCGGUAUCAACAGGUAGCCACGCCAUCUGGACAGAUGUGGGAACCCAGAGUCCCAAGGAGACAGCAGGCCUACACCUUUGGAAACGGAAUAAAUGCGCCACCUUCUCUGUU